UAUUGCCUCACUUUUUUUGAGUUCUGCUCACUAAUUCGGGUUUACAGUGUAGGUUUAUGUGUGUGUGUGUGUUUUGUUUUGUUUUUCUGCUGCCUUUGUGCGCACUAGUGUGGCGACAGAUGGCGAAGCCCUCCUAUUCCUCCUCCUCACUCUCUUGCUCUCCGUCUAUGUCUCUCCAUCCCUCUCGCUCCACCCCUCCAGGGAGGCCAGAUCCCUCCGAAUGCGGGCGCAUGUCAAUCAGCCGACCCCUCAUGUGAUGGCUCUUGCCAGUGACGUGCAGCCAUAUGGGCGCUGGCAUCGCAGCCUUAUAGCUGCUACGUAACCUUCCUCUCUUCUCUCUCUUUCUCUCCCUCAUUCUCUCUCUUUCUUGUGCUCACCCUUUCUCGCGGAGGGGGCGGAGGAAGGGGGGCCGAGGCACCCAGUGAAGGAAGAGCCCGCGCGCCGUAUGCACCUGCACGCCGACGCGGAGCGACCAUGCCGCUCCGGUCCCUGAAGAUGGUGGUCUGAAAGAAAAAAAAGAAAAAAAAAAAGCGACCCCACCCCUUCCUUUUUUUCUUGGCUACUGGGCCCCCACCCCCUCCCCUCCCAUCCCGCGAGAAGAGCUCAAGCGCAGGUGAGUUUGCGAGCGAACGCCGGGGAGAGACAAUAUUGCGUUUUACGGAUGCUCUCGAACGCACCUUUUUUGGGGGGAAUCAAUGGAAUCAAUUCGCGUGCGUUCAACGUGUUUUGUGCGGAUGGAUACUAGCUGAAUCGCCACUUCUCUCUAAUGACAUCAGGUUAAUUCAUGUCGAUGGAGGCAAAAUGUUGACAAGGCUUUUCAACGAUCCCUCACUGCUCCCCGACGUGCAGAAAUAUUCGGGCUGGGCGGACGACAGCGACGACGAAAAGAUCAAAGAGGACGACGGCGACACGCGGGAUAACAUGGACGCCUCCUCCGAACUGCGGGGCGGGAGCCGGACGCACUCUGAGCACGCCGGCGAGGAUGAGGACGAUGAGGAUGAGGACGAUGGUGCCGAGGACGAUGAGUGCGACGGUGACGACACGGAGGGCGAGCGCCCCAAGAAGCGGGGCCCCAAGAAGCGCAAGAUGACGCAGGCCCGCAUCGAGCGCUCCAAGAUGCGCCGCAUCAAGGCUAACGCCCGCGAGCGCACCCGCAUGCACGACCUCAAUUCGGCGCUGGACAACCUGCGCAAGGUGGUGCCUUGCUACUCCAAGACGCAGAAACUCUCCAAAAUCGAGACGCUGCGCCUGGCCAAGAACUACAUCUGGGCCUUGUCGGAGAUCCUGCGCUCGGGCAAGCGGCCGGACCUGGUGUCCUAUGUCCAGACCUUGUGCAAGGGUCUCUCGCAGCCCACCACCAACCUGGUGGCCGGCUGCCUGCAGCUCAACUCGCGAAACUUCCUGACCGAGCAGCAGUGUCCUGAGGGGGCGCGCUACGGCUCGGGCUCCUUCGCCAUGCACUCGUACCCAUACCAGUGCGCCCGACUGUCCAGCCCGCACUGCCGCCAGGGCUCGAACUCGCACCCGCUAGGCUCGCAUGGCUACUGCCCCGCGUACGACUCGGCUUAUGGCGGCGGCGGCGGCUCCCCGGAGUACAACAGCCCCGAGUAUGAGGGGCCCCUCAGCCCGCCGCUGUGUGUCAACGGGAACUUUGCCCUCAAGCACCAAGGCGCGGCGUCACCCGACCACGACAAGGCGUACCACUACUCUAUGCACUACUCGGGCCUGCCCGGCUCCAGGGCCGGCGGGGGCGGCGCCCACAACCUGGUGUUCGGCUCCUCGGGGGCACGCGGCGCCAUUCAUUCGGAAAACGUUCUGCCUUACCACGACAUGCACUUGCACCACGAGCGCGCGCCCGCCUACGACGAACUUAAUGCCUUUUUCCACAACUAAACCCGAGCGAUAGAGCGCCCCCUUGCUGCCCACAAUCUUAACUCACGCUUCAUUAAUUUGACUUUUUUUCUUUUCUUGUUGUUUGGAAUCGUCAGGGAAAUGAUUCGUGAAAACAUGCGCCACCACUCGACACGGAGAUGUGUAAUGUGCACUUUUAUUUUCAAACGAGAUGUAAAACGAUUAAUCGACGACCAAUCGAAUAUCCGAUUAAUCGUUAUUUUAAAAGGAUUCGAUUACUCGUUUAGAUGGCUUUUUUUUAUUUAAAAUUGUCCUGAUGCCCAGAAUUUUCGCCUCUCAACGGUAAACAUUCUGAGAUUUCUGUACACUGUAACAAAUGAAACUUGUAUUUCUUAUAUGUUUCGAAACAAGUUGGAAUAACUUAAAAAUACAAAUUAUUGACGUUUAUGACAACAAUGUUAGCACAUCAAAGCAAGCACAUUGUGCUGAGUUGUUUUACCUUUCACAACCGUUCUGUAAACUUUCAUAUUUUUGUUAUUAAAUGCAGGAAAGCCAAUUUUCACAAAAGUAAAACUUCAUCAAAAUUAAAAAAUAUUUUGCUGAGUUGGCCAUCUUAAAAUCGUAUUGAAGUUUGUUGCCUUGAAAUUUUGAGUUCACGCAGGUAUUU